CCUCUUCCUCCUCUCACCUCGCCACCGAUUAAAAUUAUAAAAACAACGCCGGAGGGAGAGGGGAAAGAGGGCCUCCGGGAGAGGAGAUUCCGCAAGCUCCGGCGCCGCAACAAGCUGCUUCGCUUCGCCCCGCUCCGGCGGCCCCCCGGCCCCCUCGCCGCCGCCGCGCCACCAGGGCCAGGGUUUCCUGCUCGGCUCCCAGCAAGCCAGUUCCCCUUCCCCGGCGCCAUUACCCUUCCCCUUGGGCUCCGCUGCCGGAUCCAACUCCUCAACCACCACAGGACAGCGUAGGAGUAGACUGCAACACACGCCGGUGAAUGAGGCUACACUAGACUAUACCGCAUCCCCUCGUUGCUUGCUGCUGAUGCACCAUUUCAUCUGGGGGACUGAAUAAUUUCACCUCAGUCACUCACAAACAACUUGCAUCCCUUUCUCUCAUCAAUCAUCAAUUAGCCAUCUGUCUCUAGUCUCUGCUAGCAAGCACACUACUUGGUUAUUACUCAACUGUUUUUUGUUCUCUUUCCUUUCAGGUUCUAAAGGUGGUCGAUCCGUUGGCGCAAUGGGCGUCGAGGAGGAGCAAGACGUGCAGCAACCGGACGCCGGCGCCGGAAAGCCUGAUGCCGCCAAGCCACCGCCUUUGGAAAACAAUCAGCAAAAACCAAGCGACCCCCGCACGUCGACCUGCAGCACUGACAAGGACGACGGCCUCGCUCUCUGCCGGGUGUGCCACUGCGUGGAGCCUGACCUCAGAGGCGAGUCCGCUCUGGGUUUCCUAGGCAUCGUGCCGCCUUCCCCUGAUCCAUCCUGCCUGAAGACCGACAAGGACCCGGGCAACGGCACCACCAAGACUUCCAUCAGCAAGGAUAGCGCCAAUGCUCCAACAUUUCUCGAGUUCAUAAGCCCCGAGGGGGAGAUCUUCAAGUGCGCCACCGACAUCGAAUCGGGCCCUUUGCACCCGCAAGACGACAUCGUGACCCUAGGAUGCUCCUGCAAGAACGAGCUCGCGCUCGCGCACUACGCGUGCGCGCUCAAGUGGUUCAUCAGCCACGGGUCGACCGUGUGCGAGAUAUGCAGUGAUAUCGCCACCAACGUGCGGCCCGAGGAUUUCAACACGGUGCUCGCAUCACUCAAGGACUACGAAGCUCUGAGGGAAAGGACGUCCACCGGGGACCUCUCCUACUUGCACUACAGGGCGGAGGCGUCCGUCGACCCGGCUGCCCUUGCCGCGGUACGGAGGCAGCGGCUCUGCGAGAUAUCGUCAUGGUUCAACCCUCACAAUGCACAUUUCGUGUUUUCUCAGAGUCAGAGGCACAGCAACAACGAAGAGGUGCCAGUUAGCCCGAGUAAUAACUCUGCAGACUAUAGUGUUUCGGCUUGGGGGCCAGCACACGGGGGGCCGAGUGUCGGGAGUACCGGAGCUUUCGUUGCUAUCGCCCUAGCUUUUGUUAUUCUUGCAUGGUUUGUUGCUCCACAUGUUGGCAAGAGAGCGGCUGCGAUCAUCCUUCACAUGCUUCUUGGAGGCCUAUGCUCGUUGACUAUAAUAAUCUCGCUGAGAUUUGUAAGUAAACUAGGAUGCUUAACACAUAUGGUCUUCCCGAGAAUCCAGUUUGGGUCGAUGCGAUACUGGGGGAUCCUGUUCGUGUCCUGGUUCCUCGUGUUUGGAGUGUGGGCGUCGCGAACCCGCACCAUCCGCCGCAAUUCAUGAUUACAUCGAGUGUGCCCUCAGUCAGCCGUCGUGAGGAUUUAGGACCGCGGCGUCGCAAAGGGUAGCGUCCACAGCAGCGUUAGGUAUUGCUGCCCUCCUUGUCUAUAUCCGCCGCUAUAUCAUGGGUGCGUUUUUGUAGCUGAGUUAUGUUGAGGUGUAAAUGUUGGGCCGAGAAAACAAGUAAGAAGUUAUGGUGAUCUGCUACUCGUUUGAGAUGCAGAUGGAUGACUGCUAGUUGUUCAGCAUUGUGGAUAUGGGAAAUGAUAUAUGUAUUUUUCCUGA